AUGCCUUCCUCUCAGCCAAGUCUUUCGCUGCCGAGCAUUCACGAGUUGCUACCAGAUGCGGCCUUUUACGGGCACGCUCAGCAGUCAUCUCCAAGCUCUAGAAGACAAGCAUGGCCUACAAUGCGGUCCUCUACGCCAAUGCCUGCGCUUGACACCCGCCAACAGCAUCCUUCUCAUUCUGCCGUCGCGGCAGACAACGGCAGGUCAAGAUGGCAUGGUGGCCCAUCUGCGUCCACGUCGCAGUCCUCGCACAGCAUGCCGCAACCACUGCCCGGCUCGUCUCAUUCGCCACACUACAGCUCACAAGGACCGGCCCACAGCUUGCCAUCUUCUCAUCCGCCGUAUCCUUCCGUUUCGACGCGUAAUCCCUACCACAUGCAAUCGCCAUCGCACACUAGGAGCACAUCCUCUCCGGGUGGGACCAUACGUAUCGGAACCCCGCGUACGUCCAGUGAAGAUCGCUGGCUUCAUACGCCAUCAUCCUCUGCGGACUCUUCCGCGUCUCCGUUGUCUCCAUCAGGGUCCGAAUCCGACGAAUUGGCGGACGAUGAUAGCGCGUCUGGCCCAGGCGCUUACGGUGGCAGCAGCCCACCUGACGUACGCUCCGACGCAGACGACGUGCACCGGCGGCAUGAAUGUCCUCACUGCCACAGGCGCUUCAACAGACCGAGCAGUCUAGGCAUACACAUCAAUACACAUACAGGAGAACGGCCGUUUAUUUGCCCAUACGCAGGGUGUGGUAAGAGGUUCAACGUCAAUUCCAACAUGCGUCGGCAUUAUCGCAAGCACCUCGCUGCCGCGGACACACCCACGCAUCCCGCUGCAGGCUACGCGGGCCAUCCACAUCCUCACGAUCCGGUUGACCUACAAUUUAUUCGCUACCGGGAUGAUGUUCCAACAGGUUUCUCUCCGGCAAGGUUUUCCUGA